GGCUCAGCGAGGCAGGCUGCUGCUGGUGAGUGAGGUGAGCAGCAAGCAGGAGGCUGCUGCUGCUGCUGGUGGAACACAGUGCCACGUGCUGGCAAGGACCGAGUUGCUGGGCUAGACGAAGAUUUACAGGGUGGUGACUUUUGUUUUGUUCCAACCUGCGGGGUUUUUGAGGGUUCCCCCCCCCCCCGCAUUUGACUUUUUGGCGGAACGUUGUGAAGUUGUCCCGCACGGGUUUCCACGCGCCUGGGUGCAAGUUUCCAGCGAGCCCCGUCGAAGCCGCUCGUCGGGCGGCCGCGCUCUGGUCCAGCCGGCACGCCGGGUGGCGGCCGGACUCCAGGUCGAGUGAGGAUCGGGGAACUCUCCGCCUGGAUUGAGAUCCACCCGGAUUGGACCGAGGAGAAGUAUCGCCACCUGGCUGGAUUUACCUGCGCGCUCUCAUGGCCGAGAGCGACGUCUUCAUCCUCAAGUCCCCGACUUUUUCCGGGCGGAACUCCCCCGCCAACUACCCCGGAGCCCCCCAGUUCACCUACUCGCAACUCGAGGAACGCUUCAAGCAACUCCAAGACGAGCGCGAGGCCGUGCAGAAGAAGACGUUCACCAAGUGGGUGAACUCGCACCUGGCGCGCGUCUCCUGCCGCAUCGGCGAUCUCUACACGGACCUCCGCGAUGGACGCAUGCUCAUCAAGCUGCUGGAGGUGCUCUCCGGGGAGACGCUGCCCAAGCCGACGCGUGGCAAGAUGCGCAUCCACUGUCUGGAGAACGUGGACAAGGCGCUGCAGUUCCUCAAAGAGCAGAAGGUGCACCUGGAGAACAUGGGCUCGCACGACAUCGUCGAUGGCAACCACCGCCUCAUCCUGGGCCUCAUCUGGACCAUCAUCCUGCGAUUCCAGAUCCAGGACAUCAGCGUGCAGACGGAGGACAGCAAGGAGACCCGCUCUGCCAAGGACGCGCUGCUGCUAUGGUGCCAGAUGAAGACGGCGGGCUACCCCAAUGUGAACGUCCACAACUUCACGACCAGCUGGAGGGACGGUCUGGCUUUCAACGCCGUCAUCCACAAGCACCGGCCGGACCUGGUGGACUUCGAGAAGCUGAAGAAGUCGAACGCGCAGCACAACCUGCAGCACGCGUUCAACGCGGCCGAGCAGCACCUGGGGGUCACCAAACUGCUCGACCCCGAAGAUGUGAGCGUGGACCAGCCGGACGAGAAGUCCAUCAUCACCUACGUGGUCUCCUUCUACCACUACUUCUCCAAGAUGAAGGCCCUGGCCGUCGAGGGCAAGCGCAUCGGGAAGGUGCUGGACAGCGCCAUCGAGGCGGACCGCAUGGUGGAGCGCUACGAGUCGCUGGCCUCAGAGCUCCUCGAGUGGAUCGGCCGCACCAUCACGGCGCUCAACAGCCGCGACUUCCCCAACUCACUCGUGGGCGUGCAGCAGCAGCUGCACGCCUUCAGCAGCUACCGCACCGUCGAGAAACCGCCCAAGUUCACGGAGAAAGGAAACCUGGAGGUUCUGCUCUUCACCAUCCAGAGCAAGAUGAGGGCCAACAACCAGAAGGUGUACACGCCGCGCGAGGGGAAGCUCGUGGCGGAGAUCAACAGGGCCUGGGAGCGGCUGGAGAAGGCGGAGCACGGGCGCGAGCUGGCGCUGCGUGACGAGCUCAUCCGCCAGGAGAAACUGGAGCAGCUGGCGCGCCGCUUCGACCGCAAGGCGGCGAUGCGCGAGACCUGGCUGGCGGAGAACCAGCGGCUCGUCAUGCAGGACAACUUCGGCGCGGACCUGGCGGCGGUGGAGGCGGCCACGAAGAAGCACGAGGCGAUCGAGACGGACAUGGCGGCGUACGAGGGGCGCGUGCGCGCCGUGGAGGGCGUGGCGCGCGAGCUGGAGGCAGAGCGCUACCACGAGGUGGCGCGCGUGGUGCGGCGCCGCGACGGGGUGCUGCAGCUGUGGCGCCGCCUGCAGGAGCUGCUGGCGGCGCGGCGUACGCGCCUGGAGAUGACGCUGGCGCUGCAGCGAGCCUUCCACGAGAUGCUCUACACCGGCGCCUGGAUGGACGAGAUGAAGCUGCGCCUGCUGUCGCAGGAGUGUGGGAAGCACCUGCUGGGCGUGGAGGACCUCCUGCAGAAGCACGCCCUCGUGGAGGCCGACGUGGCCGCGCAGGCCGACCGCGUGAAGGCCGUCAACGCGGCCGCCCUGCGGUUCGCCGAGGAGGUGGACGGCUACAGGCCGUGCGACCCCGAGGUGGCGAGCGAGCGAGCGGGGCAGCUGGAGGCGUCCUACGCGGAGCUGUGCGCGCUGUGCGCGGCACGGCGCGCCCGCCUCGAGGAGGCUCGCGCCCUGCACCUCUUCCUGUGGGAGGCCGAGGAGGUGGAGGCCUGGGUGCGGCAGGUGGAGCCCCUCCUCGCCAGCGAGGACGCCGGCCACGACCUCGCGGCCGUGCUGCGCCUGCUCGCUCGGCACCGCGCAUUCGAGGACGAGCUGAGCGGCCGCCGGGCCCAGCUGCAGCAGACGCUGCGCCUGGGCGAGGCGGCCGCGGCGGCGUUGGCGCCCCGCCUGGCCGACGCCGCCGCCUCCGAGGAGGAGAAGCGCGAGGCGGAGCGCGACGCGCAGGCGGCCCGCGCUCGCUCCGCCGAGCUCGACAAGCUGUGGGCCUCGCUGGAGCUGGCGGCGUCGCGCAGAGCCGAGCGCCUGCGGGCCUCCGAGGCGCUGCACCAGCUGCUGUCGGACUCGGCCGACGUCGAGGCCUGGGCCCGGGAUGCGUCGCUGCUGGUGGCGGCCGGCGGGGACGUGGGCAACGACGAGUUCUCCACGCAGGCGCUCGCGCGCAAGCACCGCGACGUCGUGGAGGAGAUCGAGGGAUACAGGCCGGUGAUCGACUCGCUGCAGGAGCAGGCGGCGGCGCUGCCCGCGAGCCUCGCGGAGCCGGCCGGCGUGCGGGAGCAGCUGCGGCGCCUGGAGGAGGCGUACGGCGAGCUGGCGGCGCUGGCCGCCGAGCGCGGCCGCCGCCUGCAGGACGCGCUGGCGCUCUACACCAUCCACAGCGAGACGGCCGCCUGCCUGCUCUGGCUCGACGAGAAGAGCCAGUGGCUCGACGCUCUCGACAUUCCCGAGAAGCUGGAGGACCUGGAGGUCGUCCAGCACCGGUUUGAGAGCCUGGAGCCCGAGAUGAACGGCCUGGCGUCGCGCGUCGCCGUGGUCAAUCAGCUGGCCCGGCAGCUGCUGGGGUCGGAGCACGCCAGCGAGGACGACAUCAAGGCCAAGCAGGACCUCCUGAACGCCAGGUGGAGCGAGUUCCGGGAGCUGGCGGAGAGCAAGAAGGAGGCGCUGCAGGCGCAGCUGACGCUGCAGAGCUUCCAGCUGGAGUGCCACGAGACACAGGCGUGGAUCCGCGAGAAGACGCGUCUCAUCGAGUCCACGCAGGGCCUGGGCAACGACCUGGCCGGUGUCAUGGCGCUGCAGCGAAAGCUGUCCGGCAUGGAGCGAGACCUGGCUGCCAUAGAGGUGAAGGUGGGGGACCUGCAGGGCGAGGCGGAGCGGCUGGCGCAGCACCACCCGGAACGCGCCGGCGCCGUGCGUGGCCAGCUGGCCGACACGGCGGACGUGUGGGGCGCCCUGCGCGGCACGCUGCGCGCACGCGAGGACUCCCUCGGCGAGGCCUCCAAGCUGCAGAAGUUCCUGCAGGACGUCGACGACUUCCAGGCUUGGCUCUCCAAAACCCAGAAGGCCGUGGCGUCGGAGGACGUUCCCAGCACCCUCCCCGAGGCUGAGAAACUCCUGGCGCAGCACGAAGCGAUCAAGAACGAGAUCAGCAACUACAGCGAGGAUCACCGGCGCAUGCGGGAGAUGGGCGAGGAGGUGACGCGCGACCAGAGCGACCCGCAGCACGUGUUCCUGCGCCAGCGGCUGCAGGCCCUGCACACGGGCUGGGCCGAGCUGCACAGCAUGUGGGACAACCGGCGCGCGCUGCUGGCCGCGUGCCACGCGUACCUCGCCUUCGCACGCGACGCUCGCCAGGCUGACGGCGUUCUUAGCAACCAGGAAUACGCGCUGAGCCGCGUGGAGAUGCCGGCGACGCUGCAGUCCGCCGAGGCAGCCAUCAAGAAGCACGAGGAGCUGACCACCAGCAUGGAGGCCAAUGACGAGAAGGUCGGCAGCGUGCUGGACACGGGGAGGAAGCUGGUCGGCGAGGGGAACUUCAACGCCGACAAGAUCCAAGAGAAGAUGGAUUCCAUCAGCGAGAGGCGUGAGAAGAACCAGGCAGCAGCAGCAGACCUCCUGGGCCGUUUGAGGGACAACCGGGACCUACAGAAGUUCUUGCAAGAUUGCCAGGAGCUGAGCCUGUGGAUGAACGAGAAGAUGCUGACGGCGCAGGACAUGUCGUACGACGAGGCCAGGAACCUCCACUCCAAGUGGCAGAAGCACCAGGCCUUCAUGGCGGAGCUGGCCUCCAACAAAGAGUGGCUGGACAAGAUCAAGAAGGAGGGGGAGCAACUGAUCCGGGACAAGCCGGAGACAGAGGGCAUCGUGCAGGAGAAGCUCUCGGAGCUGGGCACCGUGUGGGACCGCCUGGAGAGCACCACGCAGCUCAAGGCCCAGCGGCUCUUCGACGCGAACCGCGCCGAGCUCUUCACGCAGAGCUGCGCCGACAUCAACAUGUGGCUCGCCGAGCUGGAGACACAGAUCACGUCCGAGGACCACGGCAGCGACCUCACCAGCGUCAACAUCCUGCUCAAGAAGCAGCAGCUGCUGGAGAAGCAGAUGGAGGUGCGCGAGAAGGAGGUGCGCGAGCUGCAGGACCAGGUGCUCGUGCUGCGGCAGGAGCAGCGCAAGGAGGGUGCGGGGGGCCCGGGGGAGGGCGGGGAGGAGGAGGUGGACGGCAUGCGCGCCAGCGUGGAGGGCCGCUUCAAGCAGGUGACGCAGCCGCUGGAGGAGCGCCGCCUCAAGCUGCUGGCGUCCAAGGAGGUUCACCAGUUCACCCGCGACCUCGAGGACGAGAUCCUCUGGGUGGAGGAGCGGCUGCCUCUGGCCACGUCCACGGAUCACGGCAACAGCCUGCAGUCGGUGCAGCUGCUCGUCCAGAAGAACCAGAACCUGCAGAAGGAGAUGGCGGGUCACGAGCCGCGCGUGCACGAGGUGUGCGAGCGCGGCGAGGCGCUGGCGCAGCGCGGCCUGGGCGAGGACGGCGCCGAGGCCGGCGCCGCGGCGCGCCGCCUGGGGGAGCUGCGGGCGCUGUGGGGCCGCCUGCGCGACGAGGCGCGGGCACGGAGCGCGCGCCUCCACGAGGCCCACCGCGCGCAGCAGUACUACUUCGACGUGGCGGAGGCCGAGUCGUGGAUGAGCGAGCAGGAGCUCUACAUGAUCGCCGAGGAGAAAGUGAAGGAUGAGCAGAGCGCACUGGCUCUGGUGAAGAAGCACGCCAUCAUGGAGCAGGGGGUGGAGGAUUACGCCAACGUCAUCCGGCAGCUGGCCGAGACCAGCCGCAGCCUGGUGGCAGACUCGCACCCCGAGAGCGACCGGAUCCUGCUGCGGCAGUCGCAGGCGGACAAGCAGUACGCCAGCCUCAAGGACCUGGCGGAGGAGCGGCGCGGGAAACUGGCCGAGAAGCACGGCCUCUUCCAGCUGAGCCGCGAGGUGGAGGAGCUGGAGCAGUGGAUCGCCGAGCGGGAGGUGGUGGCCUCCUCGCACGAGCUGGGCCAGGACUACGAGCACGUCACCCUCCUGGAGGAGCGGUUCGCGGAGUUUGCGCGGGAGACGGCGGCGACGGGCCACGAGCGCGUGAGCGGCGUCAUGGCGGCCUCCGACGUGGUCAUCGCCGGCGGCAAUGCCGAGUCGGCGGCGGCGGCCGCCGAGUGGAAGGACACGUUGGCUGAGGGCUGGGCCGAGCUGCUCGAGCUCAUGGAGACGCGGGCGCAGAUGCUCGCCGCCUCGCGCCGGCUGCACAGGUUCGUGCACGACGCGCGCGAGGUGCUGGGGCGCGUGCGCGAGAAGCAGCAGCUGCUGCCCGACGAGCUCGCGCGGGACCUCAUCUCCGUGGAGAGCCAGCAGAGGGCCCACGCCGCCUUCGAGACCGACGUGCAGGCCUUCGGCACGCAGGUGGUGGCGCUGCAGGAGUCGGCGCGCGGCCUGCAGGAGUCGUACGCGGGGGACAAGGCGGAGGAGAUCCGCCAGAGGGAGCAAGAGGCCGUGAGCGGCUGGGAGGGGCUGCUGGCGGCGUGCGCCACGCGCCGCCAGCUGCUCUCCGACACGUGGGAGAAGUGCCGCUUCUUCAGCGCUGCCCGCGACCUCCUGCUGUGGAUGGAGGGCAUUGAGAGGCAGAUGGAAGCUCAGGAGAAGCCAAGGGACGUUUCUUCUGCUGAGCUGCACAUCACCAACCACCAGGACGUCAAGGCCGAGAUGGACGCGCGUAACGACAGCUUCGUCGCCGUGGUGGAGAUGGGGCAGUCGCUGCUCGACCGCGGGCACUACGCCUCUGACGAGAUUCAGGAGAAGCUGGAGCAGCUUAAGGACAAGCGGAAGGGCAUGGUCCUGCACUGGGAGGAUCGCGCCGAGUGGCUCAAGCUCAUGCUGGAGGUGCACCAGUUUGCGAGGGACGCCGGCGUGGCGGAGGCCUGGCUGCUGGCGCAGGAGCCGCACGUCACGUGCCAGGAGUUUGGGGAGAGCGCAGACGAGGUGGACGAGCUGCUCAAGCGGCAGGAGGCCUUCGAGAAGUCGGCCGGCACCUGGGAGGAACGCAUCGCGCUGCUCGAGAGGCUCACCACCCUGGAGGUUCGCGAGCACAAGCGGCGGGAGGCGCGCCUGGCGGAGGAGAAGCGCCAGGAGCAGCUGGAGCGCGAGCGCCAGGAGAAGGAGGAGGAGGAGGAGGAGGCGCGGCGGGCGGCAGAGCAGGAGGAGAGGGAAAAAGAGUUAAUGGAGCAGACUGUGCAGAAUGGUAUCCCGUCUGAUCAAGAGUCCCCGAAGACCAACGGAGAGGACGCGAAGGAGGCGGAUGGCAGCGCCGUCCCAACGGCCGCGGACGAGGUCCAGCCCGCCACGCUCAAGGAGGGCUCCCUGCACCGCAAACACGAGCUCGAUGCCAACGGGAAGAAGGCCUCCAGCAGGUCCUGGAACACGGUGUUCUGCAAGCUCACGGACCACGGCCUGGGCUUCUACAAGGACAACAAGAGCGCCGCCGCGGGGGCUCUGUACCACAACGAGCCCCCCCUGCCCCUCGCCGGCGCCGCCUGCGAGGUGGCCUCCGACUACAAGAAGAGGAAGCACGUCUUCAAGCUGCAGCUUGCGGACGGGAGUGAAUACCUGUUUCAAGCCAAGGACGACGACGAGAUGAACGCCUGGAUCCAGAGCAUCUGUGGGAACGGGAUGGGUUCGGGGAGCGCGAGCGGCGUGGGGAUGGGGGGCAGCGCCAGCGCCAGCGGGCUGCCCAGCGGCGGCGGAGACACGGCCAGCCUCGGCGGUGGCGGUGGAGAGCCGCAGCAGCAGCAGCAGCAGCAGUCGCCUGCCGCCGUGGUGCUGCGCCGGAAACCGACGUCGCCGGGAUCGGCCGCCAGCGACACGACGAGCCCGAGCCGCAAGAGCGAGAAGCGCUUCAGCUUCUUUGGGAAGAAAAAGUAAACGGAGAGCCAGCGGGGAGGAGAGAAACAUUUUGAAUACCUAGGCAGUAGAGACAGAAUGUUAGACGAGAAGAAUAGAAAUAGAACGGUGUUGCUACUAGCAUUUGUUUCGAUGGCAAAUCCCACGCCCGCUAAGCAUUAGAACACAGCUGUUGGUGUGCCCGGUAGUCGUGGAGGGAGAGAUGGUGAGGGUGUAAUAACCGUGCUAGCCCUAACUUCGUUACCCGUAACCUUAAUUACUCGAUUGACCUGGAGAUGACAUCCUAGUUAUAUACGGGGGCAUCGUUCCUCGCUGACUCCUUGCGGAUCUGCCACUACAUAGGGGCUGUUGUAGCGUCCGAACAUCUCCCUUGUAAAGAGCAAGUUGUCGAGUAACAAUUGCGUGACGUUCACAUUAACUUUGUAAUCCAUGUGCAGUGUACGUGGCAUGUGGGAACAUCUUAAGGGGGGGACGCAGGGCGGGACUAGAGGUAGGCGUUGUGUAUCUCUGCGGGUGGCAACGAGAACGUGGAUAAAGAAGGUGCCAGAGUGGUAACGGGCGGGGCUAUGAGGUCGUGGGUUCACGUGUGACACUACGGUACCACAGAUCCUUGGUACUUUUUUCUGCCCCCCCCCCCGCCAUAUACUGCGGGGCCGUCAGUUCGGAGGAGUGGGUGGAGUGCAGCAGCUCGUUCUUUGUUUUUGGGGGGGGGGAUUUUUUUUCCCUUUUUAAAAAUCGUGAAACCAAAACACCGCACGCUGGGGGUCCCGGUGAGAGUCCACGCCGGGUCUCGCUCGGUGUGAGCAAAGUAGAAGGAACACGAAAUAUGCAAUUCGAACAACCCAACUAAAAUUAUUAUCGACCAUUUUAGCACGUGGCUAUAUAAGCUGAGCUGCCUUUGAUUUUAUGUAUUGCAAAUACACAAGUUCCAGACAUUAUAUUCGGUUGUAGAUUUGUGCAAAUCGUUUUUUUUUAAAUGAGAGUCUGAUAUCUGAUGCUCUUUUUAGAUGUAGAUCGGUAUCUCACCUUCUGUCGGGGGGGGGGGGGGGGGGGGGUCACUUUAAGAUUCUGUGAAUUGCCCUGCUGGUCUACUCCAACAGCUCUUAUAGCCAGGUGCCGUGAUGUGACACGGCCACUGCUACAAUGUAACUACUCUUUGGCCUUGUGCCAAGUAUAGCCAUGGCUUUUUUCUUUCCUUAUUGAAAUUCCAAAGUUUUAAGUGUACAGGAAUAAUGGAAUGUGUAUGUUGUUGGAGGGAUAGAGAGAGAGAGCUGAAGAUAAAGAAAGGAUUAAGUGACAUUGAUGAGCGAGAGAGGCAGAACUAGUAACCAACUGUUAGUGUUUGUAAAAAAAACUUUAUGGGGUUAAAAUCCAGGUUAAAUUCAUAAUAUAAAACUAGUUUAUGUAUGUGUGCUUUAAUUGUAAGGUGCAUUAAUGUAUGCAUUCCGUUUGUGUUAGCGGGUAAGUGGGAACCGCCGCUCUUGCCUAGCAAGCCCCUGCGCUGUUCCACUCUCGUGGACGACUGCUUUUGUCGGCUUGAUGCGCUUUCUAACGUCGGCUCAGAGUAGAAGAAGCGUCCAGUCGAGCGCGGCAUUGGGAUGCGCUCCACACGAUCCUCUAGGGGAGGGGGCAGUGGUGGGGGGACGUUCCCGUGGGAGCGCCGAGCGCCGGGGUCGUUCCGUCUGCGAGGCGCCGUCCGUCCCGGUGCAGCGCUCGUUCCGGUCGGAGGUUCACGCGCGAAGGGGCGGCCUGGACGGUGACCGGGAUGUCGCCCUGCGUGGUGACCUGUACGUUUCGAUGCGAGGAGUGCUUUUUUUGCUUCUAGAAAGAAUAUGCAGUCUAAUGAAUAAAAACGCGAAACGUGCGUUGACAUUAAAGCCCCAGUGUGCAGAGCUUUAGCUGAUGUGCUUGUGCCAUUUUUAACACGUUUUAACCUCAACACGUGAAUAUCAUUAAAGGUAAAAGUUUAGAAUAUCGUUUUAAAUUAAGACGUAGUUAAGUUUAGAGGAAGAAAACAUUUUUACGACAGUCUAAACGGCUACGACUCGAUGCACCGCUGCGCUUGUGCCAAGGCCUCGCGUUGUCGCUCGUGGCGGUGGUGAUGCUGCGGGGUCUGGCGCCGACCUGCCCCACGGGGCAGCCGCAGAGCCCCUGGGACUCUGCGGCUGUCGGAGCAGCGCGGCGAUGAAAUGGGGCGGGGAGGGGAGCGAGGGGGAAGAGGAGGGGGGGGGGGUCAUCGCCAGGGCUUCACUUCCAGACGAGAGGACCCGGGAGGUGCCACAAACCUGGCAGUAGCCACAGGACGUAGCGAGUAGUGCACUGGAUGUGGUGUGCCGGGCGCGGGACGUAUUUUCCGGAGUCGGAGCCCCCGGACAGCUCCGGCUGAAUCCCUUGGGCAUGGCCACCCUGGGAGGAUUGAGGCCCCGAACCCCCAUCCCGAGUCUCGCACCGACACGAACCAGGGCGUCCUCCUGUCUCUCUGCUGGGGCUUUAAGCGCUGCCCGUAGUUCAAGAGCAAAUUGCGCGCUUCUCACACUGUCGGCCGAGCUACGGUUGUCGGCAGGGAGUUAAUGCAUUGCCGCCGGCAUGGUAACCCUUCGUGCGUGGUGUCUGUGCUACACAAGGAGUCUGCGUGAGCAGUCGUGUUAAUAAAAACUAAAACUGACCGUGA